AUGGCUGCAUUCACUGAACUACGCGAAAUGGCAGAUGAAGGCCUAUUACAGUAUCCAUACUCAACAAGGGAGCUUGUAAAUAUAGUCAAACAUGUCAAUGAAUUCCCUAAUGAUUCUCUCAGUACGGUUAUAAGAAAUGUCUUCGAUUUCGAUGCCUUUACUUCAGAAGCCAUCACUACUAUCCAAAGCGUAUUUCAGAAGCAUGGCAUUAUGUUCGGUGUUGAACAUCCAAGAGAGCGCAUUUUCAUGUCACAACGGUUUUCUAUCGAGCCAUCCACGUCCGUCGGUGAAUGGGGAGUACUCGACAAUGUUGUUCCAGCGGAUGUAAAAACAAAUAUCUUCUCAAUGAUUUUAAAGGAAUGCGCCUGGCAAAUACCAAUGCUCGACGUGAACAUUUGCUCCGAUGGUUUAGUGAUGGGUAAUUCUGUGGUAGUAGCGACUGUUAAUCCUACUCGCCUUUAUAUCAUAAAAGAUUUGGAUUUGGCAGAAGAGGUCUAUGAGAUUGAUAUCUCUCCAAUGCUCACACCACAGAAACUAUUGAAGUAUGAACCACGAAUCAGACUGGCUAAGUAUGCUGAUGGAAAGUUUCUGUUCCACGAAGAAACAUCAAACUCGCUUGCUUUGGUGAACUUGAACAGGAACACGAUGCAACGUAUUGAACUGGGACAAAGUUCACAGUCAGGCUUUACAAAUAUCUUCGGAAAGACAGAACAUCGUCUGGUCCAAGGAACUUAUCCCAUGCUUUAUACACGUGAUGGCAGGCAGAUUUUCCAAUUGGGGCCUGAUGGCGUCACACAGAUGCAGUUGGAAAGUGAUAUAAGCAGGAUUCUCCCCGUCGACAGCGAAAAAAUUCUAGUCAAAAUGAAGAAUGGCCGUUAUGAUCUCCUGAUUCACGAGUCUGGCCAGUGGAAGGCUCGACCUAUUCGUGCAGAUUUUGCCAAUACUCUGGAUAUCGAUAGCUUGCGUGUUCAAAAUAAUGCUACAUUUUUGGCAGCCGAUGGUUAUCAUUUUCUCAAAAGCUCGGGAUUCCCGCUUCUUCUGAGUGCUACAGAUGUCCAAGGAAGCGUCAGAAAAACCCCAAAGAAUGUUGUGGAUGCUCGAAGACCUCAUUAUUUGAAGGACGAAGUAACGAAAAAGUUCAUUGAUCCCCUUAGAAAUUUCUUGGUUAUGCGAGAUGGCGUCGUCGUGAGAGCUCAACCCAAAUGGAAAGUGCCUAAGGAGGCGGUGGGAGACGGUGUCAAUGCUCAUCAAAUCGGUGGUUUUCUGGAGGCUGUGAAUGUAGACAGUGGUUUUGUGCAAUACGUUCCUGUUCCCGAACCGUACUAUCAUAGCUAUCAUGGUCCUUGGUGUGCCACAAUAGCUCAAACUCCAUUUGUCAUGGUUCCAUAUAAUGAUGAAAGAUUGCUGACAAUUGAUACAAGUGGUGGAGUACGCUCCUAUGAACUUUCACCGAAUACGUUAGGAAAGUCAUUCAAAGAAUGGAGUCGUCUAGUUGGUGAAGAAGAGAAUGAUCUGCGGAUAGAAUAUGAACGCGACCUCAGUGACUUCAAUAUAUCAAAAUUGGACGAGCCCAAAAUUGGGAAAUUUGAUCCCGAAAAUACCCCUCAUUAUGGAGGAGAUACGUGGUUUGGAGGAACAGGAGGAUAUAACACAGCUGGUCUAGGAGGAGUCGGUGGACCAUUCAGAGUCGAUGCUGGUCAUGAUGUACAUCAGAUGCCUGAAUCAGCCAAGAAGCAAGUGCCUGACUAUAUUCUGAAGAAAGCCAGAGAAAUAGCUAAAUCGGAAUAUCAGAAGAAACUAAAGGAGAUUGCAAUGUCGGAGUAUGACGCGGAUGCAUACAAUAAGCUCUGGAAUAAAAUCGAGAAACACUCGAACCAUCUAAGGUCUAUAAUCGAGCAAUUAGAAGCGAAAAAGAAGGAACGUCAGUGGACUCGACAUCAAACAUCCGGAGAUUUAGAUGAUGGGAAACUUAUAGAGGGAGUAACCGGAGAACGAAAUAUCUACAGACGUCGUCUGGAUAAGCGGCCUGAACCAGGAUCGCCACAGCUGAAACCAAAACGGAUGCGUUUAUGCUUUGACGUAUCUGGAUCAAUGUACAGAUUCAACGGAUACGAUAAACGACUACAGAAAUCCCUUGAAGCUGCUCUAAUGGUCAUGACAUCGUUCGAAGGAAAACAAGAAAAAGUGGCAUACGACAUAAUGGGACACUCGGGAGAUGGUCCAUGUAUCGGUUUCAUUACCCAUGGACAAUAUCCGAAGAACAACAAAGAACGCCUAGAUGUACUGAUGCAGAUGCUAGCGCAUACACAGUACUGUCAGAGUGGUGAUUACACUGUAGAAGGUCUUGAUGAAGCUAUCAAGGCUUUGAGUAAGGAGCAGGAUUGCGAUGAAAGAAUCGUUGUCUUGAUAUCAGAUGCGAACUUGGACAGAUAUGGUAUAUCACCGAAGGAUAUCGCGAGAAUCAUGAACAAGGAUGAUACAGUGAGCUCGUUCGUGAUUCUCAUCGGAUCUCUUGGAUUGCAAGCUCAGAGAAUACAAUCAUCUCUUCCCGUUGGCCGGGCUUUCGUUUGUGAAAACACCUCCGAUCUUCCAAAAAUCAUGCAGAAUAUUUUUACAUCUACACUCGGGUAG